UUACUUACCUAAAUAUAGUCACACUGCAGCACUUGUGCACAUUGUGAUUAGCUAAAAGUAUUUUGGUAAAUUAAAAUGAGUAAACAGUUAAUAACAAAUACAAUACGCUUGCUGCGCGUAGGCAACGGUAUUAAAUGGCAAACGCCCGCCUUAACAUUAGUACGUCAAUAUGCCGCACCGCCGAAGCGUUUCUAUAAGACGACGAAUGUGCUGAGCACAGACUCUGGAUAUGAGGUGACAUUGGAUCAUCGCAAGCUGAAGACACCCAACGGCACAUUGUUUACGGUGAAGAGUGAACCGUUAGCCAUUGCUGUGGCCACCGAAUUCGAUGCCCAGAAGGAACAUAUCGAACGCUCUCGCAUGCACAUUUCAGCCCUUUGCUUUACGGCUAUUGACAAUCCCAAUAAGCUGACGAAACCUGAUAUGGUGAAUUAUCUGCUAAAUUUCAUAGCCACUGACACGGUGCUCUUCCAAUACGAUAAUGAAAAGGAUUUGCAGGAACUGCAGCAAAAUGAAUGGGAUCCCGUUAUCGAUUGGUUUAAUCAGCGUUUCGAAACGAAUCUGAAGAAAACGAUGGACAUAACACCACCCCAAGUCAGCGACGAGGAUAAAAUGAAAAUAGCCAAGCAUUUUCACUCGUACAACUUGGAAACGCUCCAUGGCUACAUUUUCGCUGUGGACACGUUGAAAUCUAUUGUGCUAGCCUGCGCUGUCAUUGAGCAAAAGAUUACAGUGGAGCGAGCGGUUGCUCUUUCGCGUCUUGAAGAAGAAUAUCAGCUGAAAUUUUGGGGUCGCGUCGAAUGGGCGCACGAUUUCAGUCAACAGGAGCUACAGGCGCGCUUAGCUGCCGCCGUUCUCUUUGUGCACUUAAACUGUUCCGAAAACUUUAUCAAACAAAAGUCGAUAAUAUAAGUUGUUGAUAUCUAAGAAGAAAUAUAGCUUUAUUGACCACUGUUAAAAAUUA